AUGACCUCUCAACCAUUGCUUAGAGCGCAGAAGGCUUCAGAAUCUGAGACUUAUGGUUCUUCAAUAACAGCGAAUGUCAACUCCAAUUUGCCCAGAGAUACCAGCCAAUCAAUCAGAUGGAUCGAACCAGAAACUCACGAAUUUCGUUCUCAAAUUGCAUCAGGAAUGGAUAACGAGUUUGUCGAGUGCAGCGUUGAUAUCUUUUUGAAGCAUUACCUUCCCUUUGAACCAUCAGAUGAAGCCGUUGAAACAUGCAUUGCAAAACUUCUCUGCAAACCUUUUUCUUUCGUCGACGGCGUAAGUGGUGCAAAUCCUAGGUCCGAACAGGUUCCGGAAAAGCCUAGGCGAUCGACGUGUGUAAAAACGUUGCCACAGCCUAGUUGUAUCGAAAGGCAUCCUAUAUUGUCAGUAGUAAAGUUUAAGGAACAGAAAGAACCAACAACUUGCGACGCUGAAACAACUGUUCUUCGAUUCACAAAUUACAUGAUGCGCCCUGGCAGACAAAGUUUAGGAAACAAGAGUGUCUUCGCGCAAUUGAAGUCUAUUGCUGAUGCAGUCGGAGGCCACAGCGAGACCUGUGACGGCAGAGUUCGCAAUGAUUUUCAUUAUCUAAAUUGUCCGGACGCAGUCAUUUCGUCAAACAUAGGGGGCUUUAAGAACAAGAUCGACGCCUGCUUUUCCAAUGGAGGAAGUGACUUGAACGUCAAGAACAUCGCUGUGCCUAUUGAGCAGCAAGCUUGGGUGGCAAGCAAAUACUUUACUAGUGACCGUCAGGUAGUAUCCGCAAAUGUUCAAAUUAUGAACGAUGACGUGCGGCGUAUGUUCACCUAUGGGAUGACCUUUGAAGGCGAUAAGGCAACGCUGUGGUAUCAUUGUCGCUCUCAUUCUGCUGUUUCGAAACAAUUCAGCUUUGUCGAGAAUCCCAGAUUACUUGUCAAGGUGUUCUUAUCGUUUCUAUUUGCAACAGACGAAGAACUCGGCUACGAUACCAACGUCACUGCAGUCGAAGGCAAGAAGCGUCAAUACAUUUUCAAAAUCCCCAGUUCUGAUGGGAAAUCGGCCAAGUUCUACCGCACACUCAAGGUACUUUCUGAAUACCCCUCGAACAACAUCUCUGGUCGCAUGGCGCGUGUAUGGUUGGUCGAUCGGGUCGAUUCUGAUGGCAACAAAAUUGGCCCGCCAUGCGUCUUGAAAGACGUCUGGCUAUCCAUAAAUGCUCUCACUGAAAAGGAGAUCCAGACGGCCAUCUUUGCAGAUAUUGAAAAAUACUGUCAUCCCGAUAAGCCAGAUUACAACCUGGCACUGGAUCCUCCUACACGCUCUCCGCAGGCUGCUCUCAAUGCUAUCAAGAUGCGAAAUGCCGAGCUUGUUGAAUCUGGAGAGUACAAGCAGUACUUUCUUGACAUUGAAAGUGACUAUUCUGGCAAGCCAUCCAAAGACGUUUUGGAGGGAUGUACUCCCGACAUGGGCUUGUUUCACAGCGCCCAUGCGAAUAGGAUCGCAUCUUUGAACAACAUUUCUAUUCCAUCGGUGGGAUCGACAGGUUUUUCAAAGACUCGUCGGUCUUCCAUUAGAACAUAUACCCCCCGUAAACAGUAUCGCGUCAUCUUCAAAGAAGUCUGCCAGGCUGUGGGUGAUCUGCCUACUUUGGGGAAGGUGGUUAAUGUGCUCAAACAAACUGUUAUUCCCCUCUCUCUCUUGUAUUGCGCCAACUGGGUACACAGAGAUAUCAGCUCUGGGAACAUUCUUGCCCAUCAGCAAGGCUCAGUCUUUCGAGCUAAGUUAUCAGACCUUGAAUAUGCCAAGAAAUUUCCGCCACCUGCAGACCAUCAAGGCAACGCUGAUGCCAAAACGGGAACUCCCUUUUUUAUGCCUGUUGAGAUAAUGCAAAACUGUUAUCUGUAUGGCAAACCGAAAGCCGACAACGUAGAUUCAAGAAUCGAGGACCCAGUUAUUUUGUUGGCAGAAAUGCAACGCGUCGAGCAUGGUGCUAUGAAUGAUAAAGUUUGGACGAAAAUACCAUCUUAUGAGGCGGUAAUCUAUAAUUUCCAACACGAUUUAGAGUCACUUUGGUGGGUCUUAGUGUGGUCUCUAACUGCACGUGUCAACCACCAACCUUCCAGGACGUGGGCCAACCAAAUUUUUCAACAUGCCGAUGUACCUACCUCUGAGAGGGUAAAAUUUCUAAGGCCCUUUGACGAAAAGGAUCUUGACACAAACACAAAAGCUCAGGACCCUUUGCAAGCUACCAUGCUCCCAUCGAUCUCAUUUCUCAACUACAUCGUGAACAUUUUAAAAGAUGCCUUGCAUGUUGCUUAUUCAGAGCAUACAAGCAAUGCCAUCCUGAGAGAACCGCUAUCUUAUGCUAUUGUUGUAAACCGCUUUUAUUUGGGUUUCCAGCUAUUCGACCGUGUUGCUGGCGCCCCCUGGGAGGAAACCCCUCUGGUGAUGAACAUCCCUGCUGAAGGUCCCGACACUGUCCAACCUGUUGAUACCAAUACAGCAGUGUCUAGUGCUCCUUCACUUAUCCCCCAUCAAAAGGGGUCCAAUCCAAACAUUCGGAAGACAGCACCCUCAGAAUCGUUUCAACCAGGCUCGGGCGACGAAGACGUCAAACCUACCAUAGAACAGCAAAGAUCAAAGCGCUUUAAAAACCAGGAUGAUUCUAUCACCAGCAGUUUGAUGACUGGGCGCCAAUCCAAAUCAAGCACAAGAUCGAAAGCUUGA